UCCAGAGCCCUUGAGAGAGUUACGACCACAGGCAUGUACAUACCUCGUUUGGAAUUUGACGUGCGUCUGCGUGGUCGCCAUGUUGGGGCGGUCAACAGUCGAAUCAAGCGUCAAGAGAGUUGAGUUGAUAGAAAAAUGCCUCAGGCGUGCGCUGCGUUUGGCUGUUCGAACAGAAGAAACGUUAAAAACAGGCAACGCGGGAUAACUUUUCACAAGUUCCCAAAAAAUCCUGGACUAAGGAAAGCUUGGGCCAUAGCAGUUAGACGGAAGGAUUUUGAGCCUACAAAUGCUACAGUUCUCUGCAGCUGUCAUUUCAAGGCAGAGGAUUUUGACAGAACUGGGCAAACUGUGCGUGUGAAGGAAUGUGUGAUUCCUUCAGUUUUUACAUCCUUUCCAGACCAUCUGAACAAGGUUCCCAAUAAAGCCAGGUCAACUAGGACAUCAACACAAGCUGGUGAGACAAGUGAUGAUCCUGUGUCUGAAUCUCCUGAACCGCAGAACUCCUCAACCUCAAUCAAUUGUCAUUCCAUGGUUGGCUGUGCGGCAUUUGGAUGCACCAAUCGGUCCAAGAAAGGAGUGCGGAUGUAUGGCUUCCCAAAGGAUAUGGACAGAAGCAAGAAAUGGUUGGCAAUGGUCAGCAGAAGCAACCUGACAAUCAAAAGAGACUACAACAACAGAAAACUGUGUCAAGCGCAUUUUGAAGAGGACCAAUUUAUUGCCACAAAAAAAGGCCAAAUGAAGUUGAGGGCUGACGCUAUGCCCACCAUAUUUGUGUAUCGCCUGAGGACCAAGAGGAGGAAAGCCCCUUCGCUGAGAAUCCUGCCAGCAAUGGUUACUUCAAUGGCCAGUGACAACACCUAUUGUGGUCAACAAACAACAAACUUUGGAGAGGCAUCUGAGGACUUCGACAGUACUGACUUUGUCCCGUCUGUCUUCUCCUACUCAACCCAGUCCAGCAAAGGCGAUGCAAAACAUGAGAGAUAUGAGAGAAAAAGAAGAAGGGAUGAAACCCCCCACAGACGGCCAGACAAUGGACAUCAGUCCACAGAAGUUGUUGAUGAGGCUGCAUCGGAAUCCACACGUACUUCCCUCUCCCCAAAUGAUUGCGGAAUGGAGCCUGGUGCUGGUCCUUGCACUGAAGCCAAAGUCCCAAAGGCUCUCCAUGAUGACCUCAAACAGAAAUACAGCCAACUUUCUACCGAAUGUGACAGCCUGCGUGUGGACAUCAACAAACUCAAAGCCAAGAAUGAACAACUAAACACAACACUCAGGAACACACAGUUUUCCUUUAGCUUUAUCAAAUGCAAAGCAGCACAGGUUCUGUUUUUCACAGGUCUGACCAGUGUCAUUUUUGAGUGGUUGCUCCAAACAGUUAAAGACAGUGUAGAGGUUGUGCGUAGCUCUCUGACCCUGGAGGACCAUCUAUUGGCUAUCCUGAUGAAACUCCGAUUAGGGCUCAGCAACAAGGAUAUUGCAUUCAGACUGAAUGUUACCGAAUGUGACAUCUCUAAAAUUAUGAGAAGUUGGCUCCCUGUUAUGUCUCAGGUUUUGAAACCUCUCAUCAAGUGGCCAAGCAGGCAUGCAAUAUUAAGGAAUAUGCCAAAAUGUUUUAAAGCUAAAUAUACACGUUGCAGAUGCAUUAUCGACUGCACUGAAAUUUUUAUUAACAGACCCACGAAUCUAACAGCCAGAGCCCAAACAUAUCUGAAUUAUAAGAGCCACAACACAGUUAAGUAUUUGGUUGGCAUGUCACCUGCGGGGGCCAUUACUUUUCUGUCUGCAGGUUGGGGUGGGCGUGUUUCUGAUAAACAACUUACAGCUGAGUCUGGAUUUUAUGACCUUCUAGAAGUAAACGAUGAGAUGCUAGCAGAUCGUGGUUUUACCAUCAGAGAUGAGCUUGCCGUACGCGGUGCCACCCUUAGAAUCCCUCACUUUACCAAAGGUAAAAAACAGCUCUCUGCUCAAGAAGUGUCUAACGAGAGAAUACACAUUGAAAGAGUAAUAGGUAGAUGGAAGAAUUUCAAAAUUCUGACAACUGUUAUUCCAUUCACACAGGUAGACCUCUUGAAUGACAUGGUGAUUGUGUGUGCAGCGUUAACAAACCUUUGUAAAUGUAUAGUCUCUAGAAAAUAAUUUGUCAAUGUUUUGAUAAAGGAUCCAUGAAAUUAUAAUUACAUUUUCCAGUAUGUAGAGUCAAAGAUAAUUUUCAAGGUUCAAGAUUUUUAUUAGUCAUAUGUUUAUGUGCAGGUACAGCAGCAGUGACAUGAGGUAAUCAUUUUUUCUUUCACAAGAUGCACAGUUAUUGUAAAAAAUGUUAUUGAGAUUAAUUCAAUAUUCAGUUUUAAUGUAAGAUACAAUUACAGGCAAUGCCAAUUUAUUACUGCAUUAAAUGAUUUGUU